UCAAAAUGCAGGUUCCUGUAAAAAUAGGUCCCUACCUUACAACGUCCUUUACGUGUCCUCUUGUAAAUUUGAAGGUUGUGAAAUUUUUUGACAUUCAAAUAGUGAGCGAUUAAUUGUGACGAUACCGGUCCUAAAUAAUUGAUAUUGUAUUUCGGAACUUUCGAAGCCAACAAGUAAUCAUGCCAAUUAAAAGCAUCUUCGCCAGACAAAUCUUCGAUUCCCGUGGAAAUCCUACCGUUGAAGUAGACUUGGUUACAGAUUUGGGACUUUUCAGGGCUGCCGUGCCAUCUGGAGCAAGUACAGGAGUGCAUGAAGCUUUGGAGCUUCGAGAUGGAGACAAGGAAAACUACCACGGCAAGGGGGUCAGCAAGGCUGUGAACAACAUCAAUAAGACAAUUUCUCCUGCCCUCGUUAAGGCCAAUCUGGAAGUCACCCAGCAAAAAGAAAUCGAUGAGUUCAUGAUCAAACUGGAUGGUACAGACAACAAGUCCAAAUUCGGAGCCAACGCUAUUCUGGGAGUGUCGCUCGCUGUGUGUAAGGCUGGAGCUGCCAAACGUGGUGUGCCCCUUUACAAGCACAUUGCAGAUUUGGCUGGGAAUAAAAACUUGGUUCUCCCUGUCCCCGCCUUCAACGUUAUCAACGGAGGAUCUCAUGCUGGUAACAAAUUGGCCAUGCAGGAAUUCAUGUUGUUGCCAACUGGCGCUACCAGCUUCACCGAAGCCAUGAAAAUGGGUUCAGAAGUGUACCACCACCUGUCCAAGGUCAUCAAGGAGAAAUACGGACAAGACGCCACCUCUGUAGGAGAUGAGGGUGGUUUUGCCCCCAAUAUUCAGAACAACAAAGAAGGUUUGAACCUACUCAAUGACGCCAUAGCUAAGGCAGGUUACACUGGUAAAGUGGAGAUCGGUAUGGAUAUCGCAGCCUCUGAAUUUUUCAAGGACGGUCUUUACGACUUGGACUUCAAGAACCCCAACUCCAACAAGUCCGACUGGGUGACCUACGAAAAACUAACGGACAUGUACAAAGACUUCAUCAAGGACUUCCCCGUAGUGAGCAUCGAAGAUCCCUUCGACCAGGACCACUGGGAGGCCUGGGCCGCCCUCACCGGAGGCACUAACAUCCAGAUCGUCGGAGACGAUUUGACGGUCACCAACCCCACCAGGAUCCAAACUGCCAUCGAGAAAAAGGCCUGCAACUGCCUGCUACUCAAAGUGAACCAGAUCGGCACGGUUACAGAGUCGAUAAACGCCCAUCUGCUGGCCAAGAGGAACGGAUGGGGCACCAUGGUAUCUCACAGAUCCGGAGAGACCGAAGACACUUUCAUCGCCGAUUUGGUGGUGGGUCUGUCCACCGGACAGAUCAAGACCGGCGCGCCUUGCAGGUCGGAGAGGCUGGCCAAGUACAAUCAGAUACUUCGCAUCGAGGAAGAAUUGGGAGCCGGCGCCAAGUUCGCGGGGAAGAACUUCAGGAAGCCACAGUAAUGACCUUUCCUUUCCCCGGUUCAGUUUUUAGAUUCCGAGAAAGUUUCUAACCUUUGUUUCGAUCUUUUUCAGAGCUGUGGAGUGUAGAUGUGGCGGCAAAUAAGGAAUUGUACGGAAAUUUUGCAUGACACGAACGUAAGAGGAAUUUUAUUUGAAAUUGGUAGAGUAAUUGUAUUCGAGAAAUAAAUUUUUUCAACCUUGAUUUUUAAUUUAUUGUAUGCCACAUAAAUGGAGUUUUUCUUGUGAUUCAGUUUUUUCUCGCGAAAGGUUAAUUGUGAAGAUUCCAUUGUGUAGUUUCUAUUUAGUUUUAUGUAAUGUAUAUUUGAAUUAAUACAUUAUUUAAGUAAAA